AUGGAGGCUGAUUUGGAGCAGCAGAUAAUAUUAAAUCGCCAGCUGGGUGAGGACCUUCAGGAGCUCCGCACCUCCGCGUCCCCUUUCGUUCAGCUCGCCCAAUCGAAGUACGACCGCUUGCGCGUUCGCUAUGAAGACGAGGUCAAGAAGUCCGAAGCCUUUCGGGAGGCGUUGGCCAACCGAGACGACCAGACCGCUUUGAUCGAGCAUCUGGAAUCUGAAAUUCUCCGGACUGUGCGAGCACUUCAUGCCGCACAGGAGACAGCCGAUCGUUAG